AUGGGUUAUUGUAGUCGUUGUGGUGAAAUCACGCCUAGUGAUAAAUGCAGCAAGUGUGGUGGUCGCUCUGUUGCCUCUAUAGCAGCAAAUCUUGGUGUAGAACCAAUUCUUCUCGCAGAUCGCUGGAAAUCUCAAUAUGCCACAAGUAUUCUCGGUUUUGGCGAUCAAGAAGCAUCAAACGAAACAGCAGUUGGUAUUACUGCUCCUUCUGUUCUAGCAGAACCCCCGUAUAAACUAUCCAAAUCUUGCGUCACUUGCCACAAAAUAUUUCAGGGAGAAUCCCUAUCAACCGAAUCAGGAUCAUCUUACUGUAAAGACUGCACUCCGACAGAACAAGCAGUAGUAGAUCGAGGCGCAUGUUCGGGAUGCUAUCGGCCAAUUCUGGCUACAGAGACCCACGUUGAACAUUCAAAUCGCUUUUGGCACAAAGAAUGCUUCUCGUGUCACACAUGCAGCCGUUUUCUCGGUGAGACUCCCAUGGUAGAUUUACAAGGUCAUCCAUGUUGCGAGAACUGUCUAAUGGCCCAGGCUGGCAGUGUCAAGCGCUCCAUCACCAAACCAUCGCCCCCAAAAAGCAGCACUCGUACCCAGGCUACCUACUCCACCUUAGCCGAGCGUCUACCUCGUACUUCUCGUCAAAGCCUUCCAUCUAUGAGCACAUUAAACCAAAACUCUCCUCUCAGACCUAGUACUAGCAUUCGUACGAAUUCUCCUGCGCUAUCUUCGUCGCCUUUCGGGCUCAACCCUCGCACUUCUCUUUACAACAGAUCAAAACCAUUCGACUCAAUAUCGUCAAACUCAUCUUCAGCAUCAUCCUCAAACUCUCUUUCGUCUACGUUAUCAUCCGCCUCGUCAUGGUCUCCAAGUCCAUCGUCAUCCAAAUCAGCCAAACCUCGCGUAGAUCAUCCGUCUUUGUUCAAAAGGCCGACGGAGCCAAUAAUCAAUGACACCAGCUGUCUUGCUUCUCCUGAGCCUAUUAACUACCCACCAAGCCCCCCUAAUUGGACUAAAUCGACACGCAAAGAAAACUCUGCACUUGCAGAAUAUAGGAGAGCAAAGGCGGCCAUGAAGAAUGAACAGGCCAAUAUUUCUCAAGACAAUAUCCUUCCUUCUCCUUCACCUUCUCCUCCGCCAAGAACAACUAAAAUACCGCCUACCAAGUCCAGUCCUAAACCUAUCCCUAGCUUUAGUUCUUCCAAGUUACCCACUUCUUAUGGCGGUAACAAUCCGAAUAAUAAUACUCCACAGCCUGAAAACUGUAGUGGUUGCCGAAACCCUUUAAGUGGAACCCGUGUUAAGCUAUCUACAUCAGCGGGAGAUGUAUGGUAUCACUAUGAUUGCUUGACAUGCGAAGGGUGUAAAGAGCCAUUUUCAUCUUCAGAAUACAUUAGCGACGGAAAACAUUUCUUUCAUCCAAAGUGUCGCCCUAGCCCUGUCCAGUCUCCAGAAUAUUUCUGCCAUGGGUGUAACAAGACCAUAACCAACAAGUGCUUGAAAAAUGGAACUCGAUUUUUCCAUCCAGACUGCUUCUCAUGCUAUGAGUGCAAUGUUUAUUUGCCUUUUGAUCAACCAUUUUACGAGAUCCUAGGCGAGGCGCAUUGUGAGACCUGUAGUCGAAUGGAUAACCUUUCAAUCCAAGCAAAUCCACCCCAAGAUUCUUCAAAUAGUAAUCACAUUGCUGGUGGAAAUUCUGCUACUGUUACCGCUACCACUACUGGUACUGGUAGUGGAGGUGGCAAUUCUUUAGUGUCUCAAGAAUCGACACCUCGUUAUCCUCGUAACACUCUCAAGUUAGGUGGUGCAAAAGUGUGUCCCCAUUGUCGGAACAGUAUUGGUAUUAUGGAUGAAGCGCCAGGGCCAAGAGCCACGCGAUGGCACAAACGAUGCCUUCAGUGCCAAGGAUGCCACAAGCAAAUGGAUUCUGGUGCAAAUGUUGUUGAAGGACGAUCUGGCGAAUGGGUUGUCUGGUGUAGAGGGUGCAACGCUGUCUAG